ACCUUUGAACGUUCUUCUGGGCAAAUAGUAAUCCCGUUUCAGGACAUGUGGCUCGUGGAACACAUUGAUGUUGUAAUUCAUGCUGAAUUAUAAUUUGAGUUGAGGGAACAAACACGAUGGGGGAGGACUCAGAAAUGCACCACAGCGACACGCUCGGAGCUGCGGCUAGUGCGCGACGAGCCGCAGAAAACGUCCCCUUCUCUCGCUGACAUUUUCUACCGCGACGUAGCACCUGAAAACUUGGAUAAACCGCAGAGAUGCCCGGAAUGAUGGAUAAAGGCUCGGAGUAUUUAGGAAAAGGCCGCUCGAACGGCACCAAGAGUCCGUCUAACGCGUCUAACGGGCAUUUCUCCGACGAGAGCGGCAGCGACGACGAACACGAUGUUGGAAUGCGAGUCGGAGCCGAUUACCAGGCGAUUAUUCCAGAAUAUGAGCCGGGUUCCACCAAGUACACAGAGAAAGACAGUGGAGGGAUGCUAGUGUGGUCUCCACAUCACACAAUUGUUGACUCAAAACUGGAUGAGUACAUUGCCAUUGCCAAGGAGAAACAUGGAUACAAUGUGGAACAGGCCCUUGGUAUGCUCUUCUGGCACAAACACAACAUAGAGAAGUCCCUGGCUGACCUUCCAAAUUUCACACCAUUCCCAGAUGAAUGGACUGUUGAAGACAAGGUGCUGUUUGAGCAGGCUUUCAGCUUCCAUGGCAAGAGCUUCCACCGCAUCCAGCAGAUGUUGCCAGAUAAAUCCAUCUCCAGUCUGGUGAAGUACUACUACUCCUGGAAAAAGACACGCUCCAGAACGAGUCUGAUGGACAGACAGGCAAGGAAACUGGCAACCCGGAGCAACCAGGAUGAUAGUGAUGAGGAGAUGGAGGAAGCCAAUCCUAUUGAAGCAAAUGACAGCGAUUAUGAUCCAAACAAAGAGGCCAAGAAAGAGAACCAGGCUGAACCUCCUAUACCGGGCUCCAAAGUGGCUUUGGGUCGGCGUGAGCACCAGACCCUGCAGCACCGGCACCACCAACGCUCCCGCUGCCGUCCACCCAAAGGCAUGUACCUGACCCAGGAGGAUGUGGUGGCUGUGUCUUGUAGUGCUUCUGCAGCAAACACACUCCUCCGUCAGCUGGACAUGGAGCUGGUGUCCCUCAAGAGGCAGGUCCAGAAUGCCAAACAAAUGAACAGUGGGCUGAAACAUAUGCUGGAGUCUGGAAUUGAAGAGUUCAGGUUGCCUGAGUCUAACCAGAAGGUGAAUGCCCGCUGGACAACAGAUGAGCAGCUUCUGGCCGUUCAAGGAAUCAGGAAGUACGGCAAAGACUUUCAGGCCAUUGCUGAUGUCAUCGGUAACAAGACGGUGGGCCAGGUGAAGAACUUUUUUGUAAACUACCGUCGGCGGUUCAACCUGGAGGAGGUGCUGCAGGAGUGGGAGGCAGAGCAAGGAACUCAAGCUCCAAACGGAGACAGCGCCACGUCUAGUGAAGAGGGAAAGCACAGCUCCACCACUCCGUCAGGAAAGAGCACAGAUGAGGAGGACGAGGAGGGUCAGGUCACCUCCUCAGGUGCAUCACCCGCUGCUUCUUCUGCUCAGACUCCCAUGACGUCCAACGCCUCCUCCCUUCACCAGCCCCCUCCCCUGUUGAGGCCCUCUCUACCUGCCACGCCCUCCCUCCACCGCCAGCCCCCACCCCUUCAACAGCAGGCUCGUUUCCUGCAGCCCCGCCCCACCCUGCAGCAACCCCCACCUCUCAUCCGUCCUACCAACCCCAUGCCCCCCCGCCUGAACCCCCGCCCUGCCCCCGUCGGCCUUGGUGGUAAUCCUGGAGGCUCGGGCCUGAGCUCCGUUCCGCAGCCCCCCAGCCUGCCUGGCCACCAGUCGGACACAGCCUCAUCUUCCUCCAUCCACUGAGUAAAAUCAGUUUGAGUCUGAGAACUGGACAAAAGUUGCUGGCGAGGAUUUUUCAUUCACACCAUAGGGAAGAUUUCACUUUUAUUUCAAAAUAAGAAAAAUAACAAAUCUUGAAAAAAAACAUACAGGAUACGAAAUGUGUUAUUUUUAUUUAUUUCUUUAAAAAAAUUUUUUUUUUUUUUGCAGAACUCAGAAUUAAAACCCAAUUUUAAAGAUUGUAUUCCUUUUAUGUCCCAAGAACUCGGAGAACACAUCUUUCAGCCUUUGAGUGUUCGUAACAGGACAUUUAUAAAUCAGGACUUUGUUGUUCCUAAAGCCCGUUUCAGAUAGACAUUCUGGAAUGUGUGUGUGGACAAUUCAAUCCGGUUUUUAACCAGAACCGUGUUUU